GUUGUCAUCGGUGCAUGCAUAAACGAAGAAUGUUAUUAUGGGGAUCUUAGCCUAUAUUUUUCAUAUUUUCUGCAUUAUUUUCACUUUCCUUGUGAUUUUAACGGACGGGGCAUGUCAAUGCAACCAAAUGCUUCAUCCAGGCGUUUUUUCUGGAGAAAGAAUGACGUUUGCCACUGAGGCAAACCAUGAACGUGAAACGAGGUCUGAUAAUGGUGGUAAACGGUCAUUUAACAUGGGAGCCAUCAGUUUUGAGCCGCCUUAUCUUGAUUUUGGCGAGCAGCCAGUUGGCAUGCCUUAUGUUCACGAUGUUGUGGUGUUCAAUCCAAGCAGCGAGAAAAAUCUUCAAUUGCAAGCAUUUUCUGGAGAUAACACACAUUUUCAUGUCUCGUUUUCAAGAUCACAGGCCUUGUCACCUUUAUCUAACACAACAUUUGAAGUCAUUUUUCUCGCCAGAACGUUUGGAAAUGUUGAAAAUACGUUAUUUAUUCAUACAUCAAGUGCAGCCUAUCCUUACCAAGUUCGUGGUUAUGGGAUAGCAAAUCCAUACAGAUUGCGUCCAUAUUUAGGAGCAAGAGUUGCCCUUGAUCACAUAUUUACUUCCGUAUUGUACAUGUAUAAUCCACAUGAAUCACCAAUGCAGGUUACUGAGAUCUAUUCAAGUGGCGGGGAUUUACAUUUGGAGCUUCCAUCUGGGGAAGACGAUGCUUCUCCCGAGCAUUGGCAAAUCGCUCCGUAUGAAACAAAGGGGAUCAUUCGAAUGAAUUUUCUUGGAAAAGUCGCCAGUAACCAUACAGCGUUCAUACGUAUUCGCACGAACAAAUUCAAUACGCCGAAUAAAUUCUUAAUUUUACCUGUCGAAGUGGAAGUCACAACAGCCCCUGGACUGUUUCCUUCUGUUGAUAUGCUAGAUUUUGGAACAUUAAGGAAAAUGGAUGAACCAAAGUCCAUUGUCGUUUCCUUACUGAACACUCACAACAAACCCAUCACUUUAACGGAAGUGAUUGUUGAACCUCCUAAUAGAGCAAUAAAAGUGCAUAUAAGGACUACAGUUAUUAAACCCCUCCAGAAGUACAUAAGCUCUUUCAGUGUAACUUUUACAGCAGGCCACUUGAAAAACCUAAAACAAAACUAUGGCAAGAUUAUUGUGUUGUCAACGAGCAAAGGCAAUCCAAGAAUGGAGCUGAAUUUCCAAGCGAAUGUUUUAAAAGGGACUUUGGCAUAUUCUGUGAGCAAAACGAGAUUUUUUAUUGGUGCACCACCUUACGAACCCGUUGUGCGUGAAAUGGUUAUCACCAAUACAUUCACUUUCCCUUUGGUUAUAUAUCGCAUUGUUGUUGCUCCUGACGUCCAAGACUUUGUAUCUAUCGUCAACUUUUCGUCACCAAUUGUCGUGGGAGAACAGAAAACAUUGAGGCCCUUCUCUAUUCGUUUUCUCGCAAGUAAUUCCAUAACAACACUAACCUCGAGUAUCCGGGUUUAUACCAAUGCUUCAAUUUUCACCAUUCCAGUCCAAUGUUUUGAUGGAAAAUUAGAGUAUCGUUUUUCCGAAUCCAUGUUGAAUCUUGGGACGCUCGCAGUCAAACAGAGGAUUAGAAAAAUGUUCCAAAUAGUUAAUACAAACCCAGUCGAGAUAAAACUAAAGAUACAUACAUCGAAUUCAACGUUGACGAGUCUUGAUUAUUUGGAUUUUGGCCCAGAUGAUAAAAGUCAGUUCUUGGAGAUUCCUGCUGAAGGGAUCCCGUUGAAGCCUAGUAAUAUUGUACAAUUGUAUCUGGAUGUAAAAGUACCGAGUGAGGAUGGCGAUUAUUCCGGGAAUCUUACUUUUUAUACAUCUUACGAGACCAAGACUAUGUUAUUCUCAUUCAAAGCAGCCAGCGGGCAUAUUGAUGUGGAUCCUGUCAAGAUUGAAUUCAAUAAUUCAUUUCCAGGUCAAAUUCAAAAGGUUCCGUUGUUCCUCACGAGUACGUUCUUGAAUCCUGUCAACGUAUCUUCUACUUCACUAAAACCAGAUAAACCGUUUACAUUUGUUCCUUUCAUGAAGUCAAACGCACAACUUGCUCCCAAUAACCGACAAAAGAUUGGAGAUAUUGUGUUUAACCCUCGUCUUGUCUGUUCUUCUGACUGUUAUUUGGGAAUUGGGCAUAAAGAAGGUAGAGACAAGUCGUGGUUUUCUAGUCUGUCUUUACCAGACGACACUGCUCGUUUUGAUACGAACAUACUUGAAAAUUUUCAAACAAAAUGGAAUUCUCUUGUACAAACGAAGAAAAACAGUUUCAUCCGAAGUCUACACAUCGACACAGAAACAGUUAAGAGUAUUGAAGUGACUUUGCAAGGUGGCUUAACAUGGCCUUCACUGACACCAGAUCGGCCAAUCAGAUUUCCAUUGACUCAUAUUGGUAAUACAUCUCACAAGACAUUGACGUUAGAGAAUCCUGCUGAUGUCCCAGUUGUUGUACAAGUUGUUCCAUUGUCUCUGUACCCAAACGCGCAAUCUGCUAUUGAUGUUUUAUCCGACAGGUUUGAUGUUGACUUACUGACAGCUAAACCUUCAUAUCACUCGUGUUUUUCACUGCCAACUGCCGAAGUGGACAAAUAUCUGCUCGACAAACCAGAUUCUGAUGUGACCUCAUCAAUUGAAUCUACACUUGGUCUACGUACCUCACCUGAUGUUAUAUCCAUGAUUGUUGCUCCCCGCUCUAAAGCAAACGUUCCUGUUCAGUUUAAACCAGAAAAUGAAGAUCAGAGAACAUCUAUCAUCUUUAUAAGAAACAAUUUAACUGUAUUAGAUGUUGUCACAGUGCAAGGACAAGGAGCAAGAGGUGAACUAAUGGUCAAUGGAAAGAGGCCAAGUGGCGAUAAUGUUCUUCUGUUUGAGUUGAAACAAAAACAUCUUGAGGAUUGUACAAAAUUAAGUCCAGGUACGGGAGGGAAACCACAUCGCUCACUCACUGUAAAGAAAACUGUCCUUGCUACCAACCCUGGUCAACUCGCUACACACGUAACAUCGUUCAAUAUUGAUGGAUACGAGUGUGAAGGAUACGGUUUUAAAGUUCUUAAUUGCAAAGCUCUCAAUCUCAAACCUUCAGCUUCAGUCAAGAUUGAUAUUGCGUUCACUCCGGAUUUUUCUGUUUCCCGUGUAUCUCGGCGUCUUCAAAUCAAGACCUCGCUUGGCAAUGUCUUCGAAUUCAGUUUAAUUGCGACAAUUCCAUCCGAGCUCAUCCCACUCUGUGCCGCAGCUGCAGGACGACCACGCUGGGAAUAUCACGCGUAUAUCUCAACCGCUGUUGUCAUGAUUUGUUUACUUAUCGUAACUUUGGUCAUGGCUCAUUUCGAGGCAAGAAAACUCAUUACUGCUAGCAUCUCUUCAUUACCUCAAGGUCCAGUCUUGCUUAAUGGAACGCAUAUGAACGGUGAUCUAUUUGACCUACGGAAGAUAUCCGCCCCGGCACAAUCUCCGUUUAUAUCAGAGAACAUGUACCUUCCACGUCAAGACAGUAACGAAUCAUGCCGAGCUCCCAGGAAAGAAGCGGUCCCCGUCGAGAGGUCUAAAACCAGUGCGUAUACUCAACCUUUCAGAAGAAGCUCUAGCGAUAACUCUGAACGACUUGCAUCAAAUAACAACUCUAUAACAACUGAGACACCGGACUACGACAGACACAAGGUAAAAGCCAACGACAAGGAUCUUGGUAGAAAGCCAAAGAAAACCACAAGUCAACAAACAAAGAGGAAGGAUUCGGACACAGAGUGUCCGAAAACGUCCGCCCUGGCUUUCCCUAUUAACACGAUUGAUAGUACAGCAAUGGAAUUAUCAAAUUCUGAGUGUCCUGGCAACGAAACUGCGAAACCUCAACGUAAUAGUUCAUCAAGUGAAGCUAAUAGUGUUUGCGGUGAUGUCACUGUUGCUACGUUAACGGGCAAAAAGGAUAAGGCGAAAAUUGUACGUAAGAAAACUGCAAAGGUUUCUCCAGCAAUUGCACCAGUUGAAGAGAAGAAAGCAAAAGUCGUUGACAAGACAAAGGUGAAGGAUAACGAGAGCACAAAGGACAAAGAAAAGACGGACAAUUUAGAAAAAUCAAAACAGAGAAAAAACAAACAAGAAGCAAAGGAAGACAAUAUUAGUAAAGAGUCGAAGAAGCAUGAUGUUGCCUCGAAGUCGGUCAAACUUCUAAAUAACAGAACAACCAACAAGACGUCAAGAAAAACCAGCUUGCCAGAAUUAGAACAAACACAUCCGAAACCAAAGCUAGACAAAUCAAAGUCCUUGCCAGCUGGUUCUGUCAGCAAAUCGCAGUCAAGUAAGUCUGGACCAAACACUGCGAAUAAAAAGAACUCCAGCAAAACACAACAGAAUGGAGAUACGCCGCACACGAUAUCAGAAGCUAUCAACUCAGCAUUAGAGAUCACGCUAAAGCAUUCCCCUACAGCUGAAACGAGCCAAAAUUUUUCACGAAGUCAUUCUCGUUGUUCGUCAACCUCUCCUUCACCACCCCUCUCUGAUUCAUCUCAAAAUCUCAGUCAAAGUAGUCGCAGUAGCAGUUAUAGCAGUGUUGUGGGGAGUGAGGAGUCUGCCAACAGUGAACCUUCGGCGGUUAGAAAGAAGAAACAUCAUUCCAAGAAACCAAGUCCAUUGGUAAUACAGAAACCCACUGAGCACACAAGUCCGUUCACUGUGAAACGUCUAGCGAACAGGAACCUUGUCAACGAUCUUUCUGGUUCUGCUUGGAAAGGUUUGUGGGAUACAACAACGCCUGCUAACCUCAGAGGUUCGCCGUCUUUGGAAUCUUUUCCAACAUCGGCCACCUCCAGCUCGUUAUUCACCAGCACGCCAUUUGAUAAAGAUGGGAAGUUGGCGAGACAUAAAUCAGGGAAAGAUGCUCCUGCAGACGACGAGCCAUCUGGAGAUAAGUACCCACUCUACACCUUCCAUGAUGUGAAGGCUCCGGGUUUAUCUACGCCUUUUGUUGAAGUCGGCACAUCAGUGCCGAAAUUCUGGCCAGAUGAACCAAUCCCGCCGCUGGAGAAUUUGAUUCCGAUGAAGCAGACUCGCGACACUAUCUGGGUAAAUUUCUUUGACGAAAGUUCCACAAAUGCAUCCAAACUUCCAUCUCCCGGCAUGCCGCAAAGUUCGAAGACUGUGGCAGAAAUCUGGGAUGCAGGUCAUUUGGCUGAUGAGAAUGACGGCUGGUCAAAUGCUUUUUCACCCACCUUAGAAUCAGAUCCAGCAUUUCCUCCUUUCCCAGGAGCAUAUGAUUCAGCGUGGUCGACUGGAACCUGCCCACAUGAUUAUUACGGUAUGCCUGGUGAAGAAACUUGGCCCCAGGCUGAUCCCCCAACGACUGAAACUGAUGUCGCGUAUGGUAGUCAUGACGACACAGUUUAUUCCAGCGGAACAUCUCAUCAGCUCAACCCAUACAGUGAACCAUGGGAUGGAAGUAGUCGUUCAAAACAAAAUGUCUGGUCAUCUUCUUCCGCUUAUUAAAAACCUCCUUUGCUAAGUUACUUGUGUGAUUUUUUCGUGGAAAUGCUUUUCCUUUUAAGUUUUGUUUUCUGAGAGAUGUAGUGUGUACGAACAUUGUUUGUUUUGUUUUAAAGGGGAUAUUUCUGAAUCAUAUGGUAUUUAAUAGUCAAUUUUUGAUUUUCGUAGUUCAUUCGCGAAUGGAAACCAGCGUUGAACUUCCUUAGUUGAAGUUUCGUCGCAGUUUUCUCGCAAUUUAAGUAUGCAAUUGAACAAACUGAAAUAGAGUAAUGAUUUUAUUUAUGAAAUAAUUAUUUAUCUGUCUAAAUAAUGACUAAUACCGUAGCAAGUUUUUGUCGUGUAUUGUACUGAAUAUAGUUAGAAGUUGACACCUCAUUUCAUCAUUCCUCUCCUCCAUUGUAGUUUUUAACCGUUUUUGUAAUGUUUUUUGUAGUGUUUUUUAGUCUCGCAAACAAAAUAAAUUUUAAGUAAACACGC